AUGUCCAAGGCCACGAUCACGGCCAUUGCGGCCGCCAGUGCUGCCACCGGCGCCGGCCUUACAGCCCUCUUCUACUCCGCCCGACCAUCGCCCCAACAACAGAAACCCGUCCCCGUCCCUGUUCCCCCCGUUGCGCCCUCUGCACCCAUAACCGCACCCCCAUCUCAGCCCUCCCCUCCGUCCCUCGCCGGAAAGGCGGUAGCCGCCGCAGCAGCCGCAGCAGCUGUUACCUCCCCCGUCGACCCUGCAGGCAUCCUCCAAUAUGGCUUAUCCGGGCCCAUCGCCGAUACCAUCUCCUCCCUGCCCCUGACGGGCGCCUACGACCGCCGAACCCGCAACCCAGCCUGGGUGGCCGAACACAUCACGCCCGCAAGUGUUGCCCUGAAGAACGGCGACCGCAAACUCAGCACAUUCUUCGAGGACCCCAACAUCCCAUCUCUCUUCCGCGCCAAGCUGGCGGAUUACUUCCGCUCGGGAUACGACCGCGGCCACCAGGUUCCGGCCGCCGACGCAAAGUGGUCGCAGGAGGCGAUGGACGGGACCUUUGCGCUCACGAAUAUGUGUCCGCAGGUCGGCGAGGGGUUUAACCGCGACUACUGGGCGCACUUUGAGGACUUUUGCCGGAACCUGACCAAGAAGUACCCGAGUGUGCGCAUCGUCACGGGCCCGCUGUACCUGCCUGCUCGCGACGCCGAUGGGAAAUGGAGGGUCAGCUACGAGGUUAUUGGCACGCCGCCGAACGUCGCUGUCCCGACGCACUUCUACAAGGUUAUCUACGCGGAGGAGGCCCCCGGUCUGCCGUCGGGCAAGGUGGCCCUGGGCGCAUUCGUGUUGCCGAACGCGAGGAUCCCGAACCAGAAGAGGCUCGCCGACUUUGAGGUGCCGAUUGAGGCGGUUGAGAGGGCGAGCGGGCUGGAGUUUGCGAGCAACCUGGACGCCGCCCGGCGAAAGAGGCUCUGCCAAGAGGUUUCGUGUGACAUUGUCGUCCGCGAGUUCAAGAAGUCCGCCAAGGCUUGA